CACGAUGCCUCCUUUGAAAACGGUUCCUAGUUUGAAAUACUACUUUGACACACAUUAUUCAGAGGUCCAUUUACAUCACCUUGCCUCACCAAGCCAGACAUUGCUGCCAUGGCUCGUGUUAAAAGUUACCUUACUCUUCUGCUGCUAUUCCUUCCUGAGGGGUUCUCUCAGCUGGUGAGAACACAGCAGGUUGUCACAGCAACCAUGGGAGAGGAUGCUCACUUCAGCUGCAGGCUCAUGAAACCCAAAGAUGUGCUUCAAGUCACCUGGCAGAAAGAGACAUCAGGGGCGACUGAAAAUGUGGCCACCUACAACAAACGAUUUGGACCAGUAGUCAACCCACCUUUUCAGAGGAACGUGGAGUUUGAAGACGAGGGUCUGCAGAACUGCUCUAUCGUCAUCAGAGGAGUGUCAAGAGGAGAUGAGUCCUGCUACAAGUGUCUGUUUAAUGCCUAUCCAGAAGGAGCUAUCAGUGGCAGGACCUGCCUCCAAAUUAAUGAGCUGUAUGGACCCUCACUCAUCAUCACACAAACCAACAACAGUCACACCACUCUGUCCUGUUCUGCUACGGGACGACCUGCUCCUACAGUAACCUGGGACCACAUAGAAAACAUCAGUCUAGACAAAUCCACCAUGGCUGAAGUCACCCAUCCCAAUGAAACAGUCACUGUCACCAUAACUGCCAUGGUGGCAKCGUCCAKUCUACCUGACAAAGACACCAGGGUUAGRUGUGUAGCRUCAUCCGKYGGKGCCRUCAARGASKUUUCCAUGGUGAUUCCAACUAGGGAUCAAGCUUCAUUUGCAGGUCAAUCUCAGGUCUCUGAUGAUGACAGGAUCAGUGGUACAGUGGUUGGUGCAGUGAUGGGUUCAAUGUGUCUCAUUGCUGGAAUCUGUGUAAUACUGUGGUUUCUUAAGAGGAGAAAAGACACCUCCUCCAGAAAACCCCCAGUUCCUGACCCUGAAACCAGCAGUACUCCAACAAAGACAACAACUGAAUGGGAAACGCCAACCUCCAGUCCACCAACCAGGGACUCACAAACCUUCACUCCAUCACGAAUGACCACACCAAUCUCCAGUCCAUUCACAAUGUUAGACUCCCUCAGCUCCUCAGCCAAGCAUAUAAUGCAACAAGCACAAGAUGUUGUGAAGAAAUUAUCUCCUGCGAGACCAGAUGACCUGCAAUGUAGAAGGAAACUUUUAUAGGGUUACGAGGACUGAGUGACUACCAUACUGUCUCACACACACAUCUGUGUGGUUCGGAGACUGU